AUGUCGGACGACGAGGAGUUCUACCUCUUCAAGAACGGGUCGUCCGUGGGCCCCUGGGACGGCCCCCAAUAUCACAUCGCCCCCCCUUGGGCCUUCUACCUGCAGACGGCCUUCAUGGGGUUCGUCUUUUUGGUGGGGACCCCCCUGAACGCCAUCGUCCUGGUGGUGACGGUCAAGUACAAGAAGUUGCGUCAACCCCUCAACUACAUCCUGGUGAACAUCUCCUUCAGCGGGUUCAUCUCCUGCAUCUUCAGCGUCUUCACCGUCUUCGUCUCCAGCGCCCGGGGCUACUUCGUCUUCGGGAAGCACAUGUGCGCCCUGGAGGGCUUCGUGGGGGCCACCGGAG